AUGAGCGGAACUACACGGACCGGGCUUGUGCCAACGCCUAAGCGAAGCAUUAAAGUCCUGAAAAAGCGAAGGCAACACCAUGCCGAUGACCAUCGGUUGCCCUCCAAGUUCGAGGCGACGCCCAUGCCCCUUUCGCUGCGUCCCUUUGGUGGACUCUUCAAUCCGUUUGCCAAGGGCUGUUCUGUGCUAUGCAACCAUCCCGCACCUUCUGCCGUCAAGGAUGUUAUCCACCAGCUGAAGACGACGCUGGCCAUCGAGGGCAAGAACGUGCAGCAUUCCAGGGAUAAGCAGGAGCUAGCAGAGACCGACCAGCAACAGCUGCACGAGACGGACAACAUUCCCGAGGAUCUCUUUCGGCGCUAUGCGGAGACGGACUCGCGUCCUCUCACACCCACACCAACGGUGACCAGCAUCCACACCCGCACCAGUGCCGGCUCCUUUCUCAAUCGCCGCUGCAUCACCCCAGAGUGGGGCAAACACGAGAAUAUUAAGCGGAAAAAAAUCAUACUGGACUUGAGGCGAAGCCAUUCGCAGGAAACGCUGUACUGGAAGCCCAGUUCCGAUCUGACCCAAAGUGGCCUGGAAGAUGAGAAGAAGCCGAAGAGUGCUGGCGCCAAUGAGGAGAAAAAGUCCAGGCAUGCCAAAAGUGAUGAGCAACGACCAAAAUCCUCGCUAGCAACGGCAGCCACCCAUGCGCCGGGCGCUGCAGAAACUCCAGAUAUUGAUACGAAGCCGCCCAAAACAUGCAUCAACGAGCACGAACUGAGCGAUGAGGAUGUGAGGAGAGGCAAGAAACGGAAAAAGCUAAAGCCUGCUCAGGCAACCACAACUUUUCAUUUGAGCGAGGAUCCAGAAACACAGGUUUCUGCACUGGGACCCGACUCGCUUAAUCCCAGCACAAGACCGAGCUUGAUACCCAAUUCGAUUAGUUUACUGCCCGCCAAGGACAAGCGGGAAAGCGAGCCCAUUUUGUUGAAAGGUAGUUUCCUCACUGACGAGGCAUUUCAGGUGCUGAAGACGGACUUGGAUGUGGACUUGAUAGAAAAUACCUUUGGCAGAUAUCUGAAUCGUGCACUACGCGAGGCCAUCAAAUACAUGCCCCCAAAACCGAAGGCUGUGAACAAACCGGCAGAAGAAUCGGAGAAGUCUUCGGGCGGCAUCAACUCCAAAAUGCCGCGCAAGUUCUCCAAAUCAGCUACGCGAUUCGAUGUGCCCAUGGACCUGAACUUAUUCCAAAACAUGACACCGCUGGACUACUUAAGCAAAUAUGUAUGGGUCUCACAACAGCGAAAACAGCUCUAUAAACGUGUGUUUCUAAAGUAUCUAAGCCGCUGCGAGGAGCCGGAAAGCGAAAUGCUGGGCAAUGCCAAUGAAGACCCAAUUCAGACCGAGUACAAGGAAAGAACAAUGAUGUGGCAUUGCUUGCCGCAGGCCUUGGAAGAUGUUUUGGAAUUCCACGGCACCGAAGAAAAUGUGUGUCGAACUCUAAAUAUGCUCGGAUAUGAGCGCAGCAGCAGCGGAUAUUUGGAUUUUCGCACCUGGUGUGGUAUUGUGUCGUUUGCAGAGCGCCUUGCACUGGCAGAUCCUUCCUGCACCGACUCUUGCGAUGAGCUGGAGAAAGCAGACUUUAAUAGCAUGGAGCAGCAACUCAUUGGGAGCUUUCAUUUCAAUGUUCCUGAAAAAUUGCGUGAAGUCCUGAAUGUCAUACGCAGCACUCACAAUUUAAAAUGA